GGCCCCGGGUAGGGAGGGUCGCCCCUCCGCCGGGACCCAGGCGCGGGUCCUAGACUGAGUCCUAGACUUGGUUCUCCCAUCAGUUCCCUGUGUGACCCUGGCGGGGACGCCUGGGCUUGCAUGCGCCUCGGGAUCCAGCGGAGGACGACCUUGUCGGCCGCUACCUGCGUGUCGUGGCGGCCCAGGUGGGACGAGCCCCGUGGCCGCUGGUACGGGGCGCGGUCGUGAGUGAUGGCCGACCUGAGUUCAUCCCACUUCCCCUCGGAUUUCAAGCAGCGGGGCUCAGCGUCUCUUUCUAGGAUCGUUGCGAAGGUCCAGUUAUCUUUGACUGCCACAUAUGGAUUCCCACAAAUCUCCGAAGGAAACAGUCCUCAUUACAGGAGGAGGUGGCUAUUUUGGUUUCCGCCUUGGCUGUGCUCUGAACCAGAAGGGAGUCCGUGUGAUUCUGUUUGACAUCAGCCGCCCUGCUCAGACCAUUCCAGAAGGCAUCCGGUUUAUACUAGGAGAUAUCCGCUGUCUCUCUGACAUAGAGAACGCCUUCCAGGGUGUCGACGUGGCUUGUGUGUUCCAUAUCGCGUCUUACGGUAUGUCAGGGCGCGAGCAACUGAAUCGAAGCCUGAUUGAAGAAGUCAACGUGGGGGGCACAGACAACAUCCUCCAGGCAUGCAGGAGGAGAGGGGUGCCGAGGUUAGUGUACACGAGCACUUUCAACGUCAUCUUUGGAGGGCAGGUCAUCAGAAAUGGAGACGAAUCUCUGCCUUACCUGCCCCUUCACCUCCAUCCUGAUCACUACUCUCGGACCAAAUCUAUCGCUGAGAAGAAGGUGCUGUCAGCCAAUGGUACGGCCCUGGAGAGGGGCGGUGGGGUCUUGAGCACCUGUGCCCUGAGGCCAGCUGGCAUCUACGGGCCUGGAGAACAGAGGCACCUCCCCAGGAUAGUGAGCUACAUAGAGAAGGGCCUGUUCAGGUUUGUGUACGGAGACCCCAAGAGUCUGGUGGAAUUUGUCCAUGUGGACAACUUGGUGCAGGCUCACAUCCUGGCCUCAGAGGCCCUGAAAGCCAACAAGGGCCACAUUGCUGCUGGGCAGCCCUACUUCAUCUCAGACGGCAGGCCUGUGAACAACUUUGAGUUCUUCCGGCCUCUGGUUGAGGGCCUGGGCUACAAGUUCCCAUCCACCCGCCUGCCCCUGACCCUCAUCUAUUGCUUCGCUUUCCUGACAGAGAUGACCCACUUCAUCUUGGGGCGACUCUACAACUUCCAGCCCUUCCUCACCCGCACCGAAGUUUACAAAACCGGCGUCACACAUUACUUUAGCCUGGAGAAAGCCAGGAAGGAACUGGGGUAUGAGGCUCAGCCGUUUGACCUCCAGGAGGCAGUCGAGUGGUUUAAAGCCCAUGGUCACGGCAGACGUCCUGGGAGUUGUGACUCCAAGUGUCUUGUUUGGGAUGGGCUGGUGAUCUUACUCCUGGUUACAGUGGUUCUCGCGUGGCUGCUGCCUUCCAUGAUUCUGUCGAUGUGAAGGAGGAGCUGUACUGAGGUGGUACAGUACACCACUGAAGUUGUUAUAUAUACUGAGGUGGUUUUCAGGAAACACACGUUUUAAAAAUAGAGAAUAGAUACCUGAUGUCAACAUUUGGAUCUUCAAGUUGCUACUUAAGAAUAGAUUCUUGGGGGACUUCACCCUGGCUGUCCAGUGGUUAAGACUCUGAGUUUUCAGUGCAGGAGGUAUGGGUUCGAUCUCUGGUUGGAGAAUUAAGAUCCCAUGUGCUACACAGCACAGCCAAAAAAAAAAAAAAUUGAUUCUUAGAUUAAGUCUUCAUUUCCUACCUCCUUGCACAGAUCCUGAAGGGAGAAAACAGAAACCAGGAUAAGUUUGAGAUUCAGAUCCUUGGGUCUUCCUCCUUCAGACAUGGACAGUAGACGUCAUUCUGAAACCCAUAGAGCUAAACUCCCUCAGAUGGGAAAUGUCUUACUUGAAUUUCUCAGAAGCCAAAAAUGUACUUAUCUUCAUUCCAUAUGUUCUGCAUUGACUUCACAGAGGUUGAAACACUGAUAUGGGAAUGGCAAAAUGCUAACAGCUUGCACUUGUGUGAUAAACAACAAGUUGAGCUACUUCCCGACAGCCCAAGCCUCUGAGGAGAUGGUCACUUUUGCAGGGGAGGCGGUUGCUAGUCACAGUGUAUGUUCUAGGAAUGAGUUUUUGCCCUUCGUGACAUAAAGGUGUUAUACCUGUGUGACCACAUGGUAAUGUUUGAUAUUGAAAUGAAUAGACCUUUAUCUUACUUCCCAGGAUUCUUUGGAGGGUUAAAUUGGACCAUGUAUAUAAAGUGCCACUCACCACACUUACAAGCCAUUAUUUUUAUUAAUAUUAUUAUUACACAUUCCUUAUGAGGGUUUUCUUCUGUUUAGAGGUUGCUGUUGCUACUGACCUUUCUGGAAUACCUUUGUGACGUGCCCUCAGACUCUAACAAGUGUGCUUAAAUAUAUUCAGUGUUGAUAAAAGUUGUGGUCUCCAAGGAGAGAUUGAAAUCUGGGAAACAGCUAAAAAUCUGAUGAUUGAUGAGAAUAUUCAAGCUAAUGAUACCAUUUGCAAUUAAAAAAUUAAACAUAA